AUGAAAGAUGGAGUAGCGCCUGCGCGCGAAGCAGCGCCAGUAUACCCAAACGAACACUCAGCAGCCUCCUCGCCCGAAGACGCAGCCACAUGCCCAAACGGACAACUCAAUCGCAGCACAGGCCUCAAAAGUGCACACAAAAAAAAAAGCGAUCAUGUAUUCAAAAAUUUUAUCUACCAAAAUAUUUUCGACAGGGAUCGUUUUACAAAUAUAUUUAAAAAAAAAAUUGCCCAUAGCACUCAGGGGAAACGUAACGACGAGGAUGAUGGCAGCGGCAGAAAUGAAGAAGACGCCUCUGUGGAUCACCAAUGUCCAAGUGAUGAGGAAGAGUACAUGCUCUUCUUAAGCUACAUAUACAAUGACGUAACGUCCUUUAUUGAGCUUAACAAAAAUGAGCACUUAAAAAAUUCCAACUACGCUGAUCUUGAAGAUCUGAUUUUUGAAAUUUGCGGGACCGUCUGCCGUGACGCCUUUCGCAAUAUAAAAUCAAUUUUUAAAUCUCCCGAGGGGGAGGUGCCAAGGCAGGAGAGUGUGUGCAAGCAUGAACGACAUGAAGUAGGGGAGGAUGGGGGUGAGAAGGGAAAAAGUCACCCCCCCAGUGAAAAAGACUCCUCCUUCUUCUUCAUACCCCCCAUGGAAUACCUAGUUCCACGUAUUCACAAGUUAACCUCAAAAAAGGAUGAUGCUAAAAACGCUUGCCAUUUCUCCUCUGACAUUAAUGAAUUUUUAAGAAACAACGACUUCGAUAAACACCCCAUUUAUGCUUCACUCCAAGGGGGGGAUAAACCGACACAGGAUCGGAAGGAUACUCAUAAGGCAGUCCUCGACCACACUCACAAACAUGUGCAUAGCCACCGAAGUACUUCCAUUAGUUUAGAGGCGGAACAGUCGCACGCACACACCGGGGGGGAGAAGCAACGCGCUUGCGAUUGUAGCGGCGAAAGUGACCGUGGCAGUGACGGUGACAGUGACGGCCGUAGAAAGAAUCUGCGCAGCGAGGAUGACACAGACCCCCCAGACGUUCCCCCAACGCACAGUCAGGAGGAGGGGCUCCCUUUGGAAGACGCAACGGAAGAGAUCACCCCCAAUGAGAAGAAAAAUGACGAAGAGGGGCUCCAACAUAUACAUACCCAUGCACCACCAGUAGAGCAUGCACAGGUGGGUACCAAUGUUGAGGUCAGAUCGAACAAUGGCAAACAUACAAUCUGUAUGGAGGUUCAAAACUCAAAUGAAGAUGAAGCCACUUUAGCUCAUCAGCAGAGUCCUGAUGAAUUCACUCCUUCCCCUCUGAAUGGUACGAGUCGUGUGCACUUGGACGGUGCGAUAUACUCCUCUUUUUCAGGGCCCAGUUAUGCUAAGAAUUCCCACGCGAAUGGUAGGCUAUCUAGUGGAGACGCACCAAGGAAUUUCCCCCACGACGAUUCUCAACAUAAUGAAUUGAAUAAUGAUGACGGUUCAGUGCAGGGGGAAAUGACAGGUGAUCCGUUUUGGGGGAAGGAAAAAUUUACGAAUGGUAGUUCGCAAGGGGCAGAGCAGGCACAGCAGGAACACAGGGGGGACAUACAUCAUUAUACCCAGUCUAACUGUUCUAAGAAGGAAAGCCACUCCAAACGAGAAGAAGAAAAAUUCGAGGACUGCCUCGACGACUAUGAUAAGCCCGCGCGAGGAGCUAACGACAACCAGGACACGGACACUAACGGUGAUGACUCGAAGGAGGACGCAGAGAGCGAAGAACAUGAUGCCCCUGAUGAGAUGGAAGGUGUUGCAAGUGAAGUGGGUUACGCUGAGGGGGUAAAUACGCCAAGCGAAGAACACCACCCUAAUAGCAAUACCACCACCCACGCCGGUGAGCAAACAGGAAAAAAUGUCACAGGAGAAGAGGGCAUGCAUCCGUGUGGAACAAACAAUAGUGACCAAUUGGAGGAUGAUAAAGAGGGCAUCACAACGGAAGGGAAAACAAUCAAUAUGGACCGACAGGCUGAACAACAGGCUGAAGAACGAAGUGCGCAACAGAGUGAAAAACAGGCUGAAGAACCCCCCCAAAGCAUAAUCCAAGUGGACCAAAAAGAAUACCGUGAAAAGCAACAAAAGAUGGUGAAAAAUAAAACGCCUGCAAAACCUGAAAUUAGGAGAGAAUUUAAAAAAAAUGAAAACCCCCAUGAUGACUACUACCACUUUAAGUACUUGAACAAUUGUGAAAAUUUUUCAAAUCCUUACCAGUACACUAAGGUAGAGAAGAAGGCCAACAUACAGGUGACGCCAUCUCCCUUCCCACAGUUCUUGAGGGAUAUUCAAAUUUACAAUAUCAGUCAGAAGAAAAUACGCCUGAAGAAGUAG